AUGUCUUCCAAGUCAAAGCUAAAACAGUCCUCCUUCAAAUCAGUCUCCGCCUCAGACGAAAUAAAAUACCGUCGUAAAUACAAAGAGCUGAAAAAAAAGAUCAGAGAGAUGGAGGAGGAUAAUGAGAAAAUAACAUUAAAGUUAACAAGAGCCAAGAAGAACAUACAAAGACUACGAAUAGAGCGAAGUUUUCUCUUCGAACGCCUUGAGCAGACCCAACCUCUAAAUGAUUCUGAAUCAGAACAGUCGUCUCGUGCAUUACACGUUGAAUCCGAAGAUGAUUUGAGUUCGGUUAGUAAUAAAGAAGAUGAUACGGGUGUGAAGAGGGGUGAUGGUGUAGAACAAAAGGAUUUGGUUGAGUUUACGGAAAAGCCGUUACAAGAUGCAUCGCAAACAGAAGAAGGGACAGCGGAAGAAGUGCCAACUGGAGGAAACAAUAAAAGAAGACGCGCACACAAAGAUCCCAACGCACCUAAACGUCCGCGAAAUGCUUUCUUGAUGUACUGUCAGAUUGAGCGUGAACAAGCUAAAGAAGAAAACGCUAAUAAGGGGUUCCAGGACGUCACGAGGAUCCUCAGUCAAAGAUGGAAAGAUCUGGUGCCGGAAGAAAAACAG